AUGGACGCCAUUCUUGAAAACUGCUUCACGCUUGAAGCUCUCGAUCACGGCGAGGUUCUCCGCGUGCCGAAACACGCGAUCGCGACAUUGUUGGAGAUUCUCAAGUAAGAAAUUCACAUAAAAAUGACAAACAAACAUUAUCCACGUCUUCAUUUUCAGGAUUUUGAGCAUUAUGACUCUAAAUGUCUUUGAUGGACUUCCGGAAUGGGCGGCGCUCGAAGGGGCAGACGAUCUGCCACGUCUCGAAUCGAUGGAAGCGCUUUUGUCCAGGGUGAACGCCUCCAUCAGGAGAAAGAAGGAACGAGAUGAAGAGAUCACAGUUAGUUCACAUUUCCAUUUGUCAGCACUUUCAGUUCGCAAUGAUAUUAUUCAAAAUUCCCAUUUAAAAAAAAACUUCUUUAAACUUCUAAAACUUCUUUAGUAAUGUUAUCCCCCUGUGGAACGCUAUUGUCACGAACUGUACCACUUUCUUAUCACCCUCCUGUUUUGAGUCUCUUUUAGUUAGCUCUAUUGUCAAAUGGUAAUACUAGCACUACUAUUCAAUUCAAUUCAUUUAUUCAUCGCAGGAAAAAAAGGGAACACCGGUAAAAAGAGGGGAACACCAGAAGGGAGCUGCAAGAUGAAUAGGAAGGGAAGGGAACCAUCCCCGCAAGAGGAGGGCGCCCAUGGUAGCGGGUACAGGAAAGUGAACGUUAGAAGUGGAGUUGAUAUUUGAAUCAUUUUUUUUCUUUUUUUUUUCUUUUUUUUAUUCCAUAAUUCUUUCUUUUUCAUUACUAAUAUUCACAUUUCCCUGCACUCUUACCCAAGCGCAACGUCCUCUUAAGGAGAAGAGAUGGGCGAGGGUUCGUAAAAGCAGAAAUUUUCACGCGCAAAUCUGUUUGGCCGUCUGCAAUAUUGCGUCAUCUUUAUCCCGCUAUCCGUGGGCCGCUUGGCUGGCGCGCAGCCUCCGUCUUCUGUGCCCUUUUUCGCUGAAAUUUUGCGACGCCGCCGGAAGAAUUCUGAUUCAUCUUCUCAUUUUUCUUCAUGAAAGAUUUCAUUACACCCAUUUUUUGCAAAGAGCAACAAAAAAUAUGCGAAAAAAUCUCGGAGUCACUACGAAAUCUGCAAUUUUCGAGUAGCGAUUGAUUAUGCUCGAUACUCGUGAGAAUCGAAGUAAGUUUACUACUUGUCAUUGCCCUUUGUUUUGAAAAAGUGUAUUGAUCAUCUUAAAAUUGAAAUCAUUUAAAAAUCUGUUUUAUUUCUCCUGCGGCACGCAUCUGAAGUCGCCAACGGCAUGCGUUGGCGCACCCCAGUGUCAGAUCUGUUUCCUGAGUGCUAAAUUGGUACUAAAUUUGAUUCUAGGGCGCUAGACUAACAAAAAUAGGCCGUAAUAUAGCUUCUUUUCGCUAAAUUGCCGAGUUCCAUAAACGAACGUUCCUCAUACUGCCGUCUGGUUUUCUUAUCAAACAUAUUUCUUUGUUUUUUUUCUAAACUAGAUUUUUUUCAGUUGCAAAAUGAGGAGAACAAAGAGUGGUUCGAAGAGCGAUGCAAUGAGAAAGUGGCCACGACUCUCUACAACUGGGCACUCGCGUUCAUGGAUCCUCGGAAGAAAAAGGCAAAAGACACGCGAAACGUGACGGUACGUAUUUUAAUUUGAUUUAUUACAUGAGUUGACUUCAAGUAUUCAGAUGUACGGAGAGAUUCAUCCUGUUCAAAUGGAAACGAUCCUGACGAGUGUGAACAUUCAAGAAAACGAGCAUUUCUUCGACCUGGGAAGCGGUAUCGGAAAUGUCGUUUGCUACGUCGCUGCUCGGAAGAAGAUCGUCAAAGCUGUUGGGAUUGAGUGUUGCGGCGAGAGGAUCGAGUACGCGAACGAGUUUAGCAAGUUCUUCAAAGAGUAAGCCCUUCUGUUCUUUCAAACUGGAAAAUUUACGCGGUUUUCAGUCUUCUGGCUUUCUUCAUGAAGUCGUCAAGUGAGAUCGAGUUUAUUGAAGGCAGUUUCUGCGAUGAUCAAGUUCAAGCACGUGUCAUUGUGGAACACACGCCCGUGAUCUUUACCAACAACGUCAAGUUUGAAGGAUUCAACUUUAAUAUUGAGCUAAUGUUGUUGAAAAUGAGAACUGGCACCAGGAUUGUGUGCUCGCAAGAGUAAGCAUUCAUUGUCUUUGUUUUUACAGUUAAAUUUAACAUUUCUUCUCAGGAUUGGAGUUUGCCACAGAACUGCAUCGAUCAAAGCGAGAAAGACGAACGCACAGUACUACUCCUGCAGAUACGUAAACGAUGGUAGGAUCGUUGACUGCUCAAUUUGAUGCACCACGAGAAUUUUCAGCGCUUUAUGGAAUGAGUCACAAGAGAGACCUGAAAGGAAUCGCGGGCGGAGUGAGCUGGACGGCAAAACCAUGCGACUUGCAUCUUUACAUAAUCGACACCGACAAAGUGACACCCUUUGAAUGCGUCCGAGAUUAAAUGAAUGAAUUACAGAAAGAUCGUCUGAUUGCCGAGAAUGCUGCGAGAAGAAAAGAGGAAUCCGAGAAGAAAAUGGCUGCAAAGAAAAGGAAGACCGACGACGAGAACCAGGUGAACAUUUUCACUUUUCGUUUGUACUCAGUUUUUCGUACUUGUUCGUAUAUGUAUUCCACUCCCAAACUGUUUUUUUCAGACACAAGCGGGACCGGCACCGAAGCAGCAAUGUGUGACGCCUGGAGGCGAUCAGCCGGACAAUGUGAACGUUUUGGACGUGUACGUUCAACCAGAUGUGAACAGUGUACAUACAAAAUACUUAUUUCAGCAACAACAAUGCUCUGUAUAAGCCGGCAGGAGUUCAGUUUUAUAAGCCUUUGGAAUUUCCGGCAAAACCGUGAGUAUAAUGUUUUCCUGCAGUUUGAAAAUUUUCAAACAAAGUUGAAGCUUGCCGAUCAGUCCGAGAAUUUCACUUUCUAGCCCAACACGGCUCGGUCUGGUGCGAGUCUGUUUUCAUUUCUGAUAUUUUUUAUGAAAAUUGCAUUUGCAGAGAAAACUUAGAGUUCACACUCCUCAACCCGCCCAACUUCAACCAGCACCACAAAGCUGUCGAGAACAUCACCGCCGAUUUGCGAAAGUUCGGGUAAGCAUACCUCAUCAUUAAAGUUUUAAUGGAGUCUUGUAGUUUCCCGGCUUUCAAGAGACACAUCUCGAACGUUUCUUAUGGAGCACUUCUGAGAAGCAAUGGAUAUUACUAUAAGUUCCACGCCGCUCUUCCGCUUGCAGAAAAACUGAAUGAAUUCAUCGGAAAGAGCAGGUUCGAAACCGUUUGGUAUCAUAAGAACAGAGAACUUUAUGGAGACAACGUAAGUUUCACUUUCCAUUUUCAAGCUCUUAUUGAAAUCAACAUGUUUACAGAUAGAGCAACAUAUGUUCUUGGCCGGCCCGAUGGAGGGAGAAAAAAUAUUGGAAGCGGCAGUUCUGUUUAACGCCACGAAGUAAGCAUCUUUUACAAUUUUCAAAUAUUAUUGUCGUCCUCAAUCAUUCUCGAAAUAAUUGUGUAUGAUUUCAGAGUUCUACAGCGAAAAUUCGCUGAUUAUUGGUGCACGGCGACAUCAAUCAAAGCGUUCAAUGAGGAGGCCGGCAACGUCCGGACAAUCAAUUUCAAUCAGUUGAUUGAGCCGGAAAUGGUGGACGUCGCAGUGAAAGCCGCACUCGUUAGCAAUAACGAUUUCCGACUGUAUGUAAAAUGAGCACUUUUCCAGAUGCUGUCCUGCUCUGGACAGAAACGCCUGAGACAUCAUGUCAGUCUCAGAAAUGGCGAAGAAUUUCUGAGGAAAUUGAAUGAAGCCAAGAUAGCGUCCAGAGUCGCCCAGAAUUCUCCCGUCGUCCAGCGACAGUCCACUGUCGCCCAGCAUCGCCCCGUCGACUUGCCUCCUCGAGUCGCUCAUGUCCCUGUUCCUCCCGCCUCGCCUACACCGUUACGACGCCGUCCGUUCUUUUUCCAAUAAUUUUCCAAUAUGAACAUUUGAAUGUAUUGAUUGUCUAAAUUGCUUCAAACAUUUUAAUUCUCAAUCAGUUGACUCAUACUGAUGCAAUUACUUAUCCUUUUUUGUUCAUUGUUCUCUUUCCGGCCGUUUUGCAAAUAUUUUUACAGAUGUCGAUUGAUUGAUAAAGGAUGAUCGAAAAAGUGCGUGGGACGGGAGCCGGAAUGCGGAAAGACGUAACAACGAGAAACAGAUGAGUUCUUUAUGCAAGUUUUUUAACAAGUGAAAUAAAAACAGAACGUUUAUUACAACCUUAGAAUUCAGCGUAAAAUGUCGGUAUUUAACUUAUAUCGCUUUUACAAAUGAAUAAAUCACGGAUAAAGAUCUGUAGUUGAUUACAACCUUAGAAUUCAGCGUAAAAUGUCGGUAUUUAACUCAUAUCGCUUUUACAUUUGAAUAAAUCAUGGAUAAAGAUCUGUAGUUGAUUAGAACUUUAGAAUUCAGCGUAAUAUGUCGGUAUUUAACUUAUAUCGCUUUUACAUUUGAAUAAAUCACAGAAAAAGACCUAUAGUUCAUUACGACUUUAGAAUUCAGCGUAAAAUGUCGGUAUUUAAUUUAUAUCGCUUUUACAUUUGAAUAAAUCAUGGAUAAAGAUCUGUAGUUGAUUACAACUUUAGAAUUCAGCGUAAAAUGUCGGUAUUUAAUUUAUAUCGCUUUUACAUUUGAAUAAAUCAUGGAUAAAGAUCUGUAGCUGAUUAGAACUUUAGAAUUCAGCGUAAAAUGUCGGUAUUUAACUCAUAUCGCUUUUACAUUUGAAUGAAUCACGAAAAACAACCAGAAAAUUUGUUACAUAUUCACCCAACUUCCCUAAUUUGUGUUUGAGGUUGGAUCACGCUGUAAUCUCAACAAAAGUCUUCGCUGCCCUCGGACGAUGUGAUUGACGCAAACUCCACCGACUCAACGAUCCCACCGGUUUUGAAAGAAUCUGUGCCAGAAGUCUGUGGCCAACAGAAGCGCGGUCGCCCGUCCAAUCAAACCACCAGCACAGUUACGAGCACCUUGAUGAUCGGUUUGCUAAUGAAUCGUGAGUCCAAGAUGAAGAUCGCCAUGACCACAAUCAGUGAAGCAUAUGAGAGCCUUACAAAGAGUGAAAGCCGCGCCGGUGAGCAAUAACAUUGUGUGACUGUUAAAUGAGCAGUUUUUUCAGAUGCUUUCCUGAUUUGGACAGAAGCCUGACACGCCAUUAUGGAAACAGGAAUGGCGGCGAAUCGUUGAGAAAAUUCAGAGACAUCGAGGUAGAAUCCACAUUUGCUACAGUGCACGAACAUCCACAGUCAACAGUCGGCCAUCCUCGUCACUUCGCCCACGCCCCUGCUUCGCCCGCCGCGCUUACACUGUUUCGACCACCGUAACAACAAGAAACAGAUGAGUUCUAUAUGCAAUUCUUUGAAACAGUAAAAUGGCAACAGAACGUUUAUUACAAUUUUUGAAUUCAGCGUAAAAUGUCGGUAUUUAACUUAUAUCGUUUUUACAUUUGAAUAAAUUACCAAAAAUAACCAGAAAAUUUGUUACAUAUUCACCCAACUUCCCUAAUUUGAGUUUGAGGUUGGAUCUCGCUGUAAUCUCAACAAAAUGUCUGCGCUGCCCUCGGACGAUGACGAUCCCGCCGCUUUCGAAAGAAUCUGUGCAAGAAGUCUGUGGCCAACAGAAGCGCGGUCGCCCGUCCAAUCAAACCACCAGCACAGUUGCGAGCACCUCGAACCUCAGAAAAAGCGAAAGCCGCACCGGUGAGCAAAAACAUUGUGUGACUGUUAAAUGAGCAGCUUUUUCAGAGGCAGCAUACAUAGUCGGCCAUCCUCGUCACUUCGUCUUCAUCGUCUUCUUUCCUCCUCCAGUCGCUCACGCUGGUGAUCUCGUCGCUCAUGUCCCUGAUCCUCCCGCCUCGCCUACACCGUUACGACGCCGUCCGUUCUCUUUCCAAUAAGAAAAUUUUAAUCUAUUGAUUUUCUAAAUUGCUUCAAACAUUUUCAUUCUCAAUCAGUUGACUCAUACUGAUGCAAUUACUUAUCCUUUUUUGUUCUAUGUUCUCUUUCCGGCCGUUUUGCAAAUAUUUUUACAGAUGUCGAUUGUGUGAUGAAGGAUGGUCGAAAAAGACGUAAUGAAUAGACGUAACAGCGAGAAACAGAUGAGUUCUAUAUGCAAUUCUUUGAAACAGUGAAAUGGCAACAGAACGUUUAUUACAACUUUAGAAUUCAGCGUAAUAUGUCGGUAUUUAACUUAUAUCGCUUUUACAUUUGAAUAAAUCACAGAAAAAGACCUAUAUUUCAUUGCGACUUUAGAAUUCAGCGUAAAAUGUCGGUAUUUAAUUUAUAUCGCUUUUACAUUUGAAUAAAUCACAGAAAAAGACCUAUAGUUCAUUGCGACUUUAGAAUUCAGCGUAAAAUGUCGGUAUUUAAUUUAUAUCGCUUUUACAUUUGAAUAAAUCAUGGAUAAAGAUCUGUAGUUGAUUAGAACUUUAGAAUUCAGCGUAAAAUGUCGGUAUUUAAUUUAUAUCGCUUUUACAUUUGAAUAAAUCAUGGAUUAAGAUCUGUAGUUGAUUACAACUUUAGAAUUCAGCGUAAAAUGUCGGUAUUUAAUUUAUAUCGCUUUUACAUUUGAAUAAAUCAUGGAUUAAGAUCUGUAGUUGAUUACAACUUUAGAAUUCAGCGUAAAAUGUCGGUAUUUAGUUUAUAUCGCUUUUACAUUUGAAUAAAUCACAGAAAAAGACCUAUGGUUCAUUACGACUUUAGAAUUCAGCGUAAAAUGUCGGUAGUUAGUUUAUAUCGCUUUUACAUUUGAAUAAAUCACAGAAAAAGACCUAUGGUUCAUUACGACUUUAGAAUUCAGCGUAAGAUGUCGGUAUUUAAUUUAUAUCGCUUUUACAUUUGAAUGAAUCACAAAAACCGACCAGACAAAUUUUUUUUACAUAUUCACACAACUACCCUAAUUUGAGUUUAAGGUUGGAUCACGCUGUAAUCUCUUUUCUGCAGCACAGCACGGCUGGUCGGCCCGUCUGUUUCUCAUCGCACUCCUCACCGCGCACACUCUCUCGCUUGCUGACCCAAUACGACACUCCGCCAGUACGCACAUACAGUAGUUUCCAGAGUCAUUCGUGUCGUUUGUGGCUGUCGUGGACUGUGGACCUGUCCAUUUCGCUUUGUCUUGCUGUCUUUUCUUUAAUCAGACGUUUCAUUUUUCUACCUUUCUGUAGAUGCCGUUUUAUUGAUUUUCAUUCAGUAAGCUUCACUUCCAAUAUCUGAAGAAGUCACACAAUAUUCUGGCGCAGAUAUUGUUCUCAAAGAAUCGUGCGCACUGCUCGUGGAAGCUUGGAAAUCACGGUCACAUUGUCAAAACUGCAGAUUUCGAAACAUUCUCAGGAGACGUUUGUUGUCGACGUCUUCCUUGAGGCCAAAGAUUUACUCAGAUUCACAGUCCAAGGUAUUUUUCAAGACAGAGAUCUUGCAGAAAACGUUGCUGGAAAAUCCAAUUUCUUCUCGUGAACUUUUCUCGUUACGCCACGUGCUGAAGGGUAGGUUGUCAUUUGCCAAUAACUUCAAUUGCGACCUUUUUCCAGAGAAAUCGCCGUGCUUUCCGCACAGUUGUUCAUCUCCUCCGCUUCGUCAGAACGAAUCAUACGUUACAAGAAGCUGCUCCAUCAGGCUGUCACACACGGAUCUAAAACGCAACUGGUCGAUGCCGUCCAAGCAGUUCAGAUUGGGAUGGACAGACUUGGAUUCGACGGGGCGCCGCCAGCCGAAGUUCGUGAGCAAAUGGUGAAGGCUUUCCGCGAGUUCACCAACAUGAACGUUCAGUACGCGACAAAAUGUCUCUCCGACUUCGAAUGGAAUUACAAUGUGAGUGCUGCGUAGAUCUAUAAUGAUUAUUUGUCCGGUUUCAGCUGUCCUGUCAAAGGUUCACGGAGAUCAGAAGCCAAGUUCCUGCCGAAGCAUUCGUUACCGAAGCCGCUCCUUCUGCAUCACGCCCCACGACGUACUCAUCUUCUCCAUAA